UCUUUGUGGUUUAUAAAGGAGGUCGCUGCGGAUACAAUGAGGAGCAACACAGACUGAACUGCAGACUGAAAGCAUGUUUCUAAGGAUGAGGCCAGUCUCAUGGGAUAGUCAUGUUUUGUCUUCAUGACAGCUAUGUCACUCAGCCCUCUCUGCAGUGACCCCUGCACAGCAAAGGAUGCUGGGAAAUAAUGAGCACUUUUAUCCCGGUCAGGAUGACAAAGAUGGGGAGGAUGAGGAGGAGGAAGAGGAGCAGGGAAGAGAAAACACUAACGGGGAAGAUGGAUGUGACACGGAGAAUGGAGGGUUAGAGGGUCUGGAGGAGGAGGAAAUGACGAGAGGACGACAAUCCUGGGAAGGGAAAGGUGGCGAGGUGGUGAAACCAGCUGCCAUAGUGAUCGGCAGACAGAGAGCAGACAGGCCGCUGAGGCCGGGCCACCGAGGAAUCGGUUACAUGUCAAAUCAAGCUCUGUUACACCAUCAAGCUGCCAAUAAGCAGCAGCAGCAUCCUUUCAAUGCAGCCAAUCAGCAGCCUCACCACCCAGGUCUGAACGCACUGCAGAAGAGACGAGCUCUCAUGGAGCGCAGCAUGACCACGAUGGCUCCUCUAGAGGACACGUUCCUCACAAUGAUGGUGUUUCGUGUUGGAAUUCCAGACAUCAAACAAACAAGGUGUCUCCAGUUUGACCAGGACUGCACGGUGUGGAGCGCCAAGCAGCAGAUCGUCUUAUCUCUCAGCGAGUCGCUGUGGGACGUCUACAACUAUGGCCUCUUCCAGCCAGCUGGAGACGGACGGGAUGCCAAGUUCCUGGAGGAGGAGCGGGCCCUGCGAGACUACUCCCAGUCCUUUGAGAAAGGCGUGCCUUACCUGGAGUUUAGGUACAAAACCAGAGUUUAUAAACAGACCAACCUGGAUGAAAAGGCUCUUGGAAAGCUCAGCACAAAGGCCAGUCUGAAGAAGUUCCUGGAUUAUAUUCAGACUGGGGCAACGGAGAAAAUAGCAAAAGUCCUUGAAAAAGGUCUUGAUCCAAAUUUUCAUGACCCUGACACCGGAGAGACCCCGCUGUCGGUGGCGGUGCAGUCUGGUCUGCCAGUGGAGGGUAUCAAGGUGCUGGUUCAGGGCGGUGCUCAUUUGGACUUUAGAAGCAGAGACGGCUUGACACCAGUGCAUAAAGCUGCGAGGGCUCAAAAUCACGCUGGGCUGCUGGCUCUCUUGUCCCUAGGAGCGUCUCCUGACUACAAAGACCGCUGUGGCCUGACCCCGCUGUACCACACUGUGCUGACAGGGGGCGACACGUCCUGCUGUGAGACCUUGCUCUACUACAGAGCGAGGCUGGGGACAAGGGAUGAGAAUGGCUGGGACGAGUCCCAUCAGGCCUGCCAGAAUGGCUUUGCCCAGCACUUGGAGCAUCUGCUGUUUUAUGGGGCAGACACCACUUCUCAAAAUGCCUCAGGGAACACUGCACUUCACAUUUCUGCCCUGUACAACAAGGAGAGCUGUGUCCGCGUUCUUCUGUACCGGGGAGCAAACAGGGAGGCAAAGAACAAACAUGGUCAGACCCCCUUUCAGCUAGCUGUAAUGUCUGGUCACUUUGAACUCGGGGAAAUCAUCAAAAACCACAAAGAUACUGACGUAGUGCCCUUUUUGGAAUCGCCAAAGUAUGUUCCCAAAAGAAAAGACAGCGCCCACACACUACCACUCCCCUCGCUCCAUUCCCACCACCUACUGCGUGCUAACAGUGAUAACACCAUGACCCAGUCUGACCCUCUGGCCCUCCCCAACAAGGCUGCAACCAAUCCCAACCCGGGACAGGGCCAGCGCAGGGCCUCCAUAGGCAUGAGAAGCUCCAGCAGCCCUAGAACUCGUACCCGCUCCCCAUCCAGAGGGAGAGGAGGCCAAAGUGACACGGAGGAGAGGCACCGGCAGCCGCGAGGUAGACAAGGAGCGACCUCAGCGGGCAGCGGGGGAGGUCACAUAAAGCGUAUGUACAGUGCGGUGCCAGGGCGGAUGUAUGUGGCCACACGUGCCCACUCUGCUGGUGGAGACAGGGAGCUCUCACUCAGCAAAGGGGAUAAAGUUAAAGUAUUAAGUGUGGGAGAGGGGGGAUACUGGGAGGGAACAGUGAAAGGUCGCACUGGCUGGUUUCCCUCAGACUGUGUGGAAGAGGUGGCGGCUCUCACCAGAGACAAUCGAUCAGAGACGCGUAGUGAGAAAGCCAAGAGGAAGCUUUUCCGAAACGUCACUGUUGGAGCUUACGACGGCACUGACGGCCCCAGUGACUACAUCAUUAAGGAAAAGACAGUGCUCCUACAGAAGAAAGACAAUGAGGGCUUUGGCUUUGUGCUUAGAGGAGCCAAAGCUCAGACUCCCAUAGAGGAGUUCACUCCAACACCGGCGUUUCCCGCGCUGCAGUACCUGGAGUCAGUCGAUGAAGGGGGUGUGGCGUGGAGGGCGGGCCUGAGGAUGGGGGAUUUCCUCAUCGAGGUCAACGGCCAAAAUGUGGUGAAGGUUGGCCACCGGCAGGUGGUCAACAUGAUCCGACAGGGCGGCAACAGCCUCAUGGUCAAAGUUGUGAUGGUCGCUCGGAACCCUGAGCUGGAGGAUACCAACCGGAAGAGGGCUCCACAGCAGACGAAGAGACUGACUCCUCCUGCCAUUGCCCUGCGCUCCAAGUCGAUGACAUCAGAGCUGGAAGACAUGGUGGACAAAGCGGCCUCUCCAUGGAAAAAGAAAGCAGAUUACGAGUCCUCUCAGGGUCCUGAUAAGAAGAGGACAGUCUAUCAGAUGGCACUAAAUAAACUGGAUGAAAUCUUGGCUGCUGCCCAACACACUAUUACAUCAGACAACCAGGGCCAGAGAGGUCAUGGAGGCAAGAGGGACCGGAGCAAGAGCAUUGUUCCGAAUGUCUCCAAUGAGCAACCUUAUGAGCAGCAGUCAUCCAUGAGCAUGGUCCAGCAAGGACCAGGUUUUGGCUACAACCAAGCUCAUUUUCAACCAGGCCACGGUCCUCAGCAUGCAGUCAUGAUGCGUCAAAAAUCUAUUGGUGUAACCGAGGAGGAGAGGCAGUACCUACACCCCCCUGCUAUGAAGCUGGCUCGCAGCCUGUCAGUGCCGGGACCGGAGGAAAUCCCCCCACCCCCUAACACAUCCGCUCCAGAUCCACCUUUAUCUGCAGGCCCUCAUCCUGUGAGAGGGCCUGCUAUGCCCAUACCCCCUGUAUCUCAAGCCCACUACCAGGUCCAUUCCCAGCCAGGGCAUUCUACUCAAGCUGGCUGGGAGAGGGGAGGCAAUGGUGGGAUGAAUCAGCAGGUCAUGGUCCCUACUCUCAGGAGACAAUCUGAGGGACUGGAAGCAUCCAGGAGAGGUGGUGGCAAGAUGGGAGGGUUACGAAGAGGCUAUAGCAGCGCUACGCCACCAACAAGUGCUAAACCUAAGGCCCAACAGGCACCGCAACAUCAAGUGCACAUGGCCAACCGGGAGCAGGGUGGAGGAGUUGGCAGGGGGGCAGCCAGGAGGGGUGGUCGAGGAGCUCUGAUGAAGCAGUCAAAAGUGGAAGAUGGGCUGCGACAGCAAAGAGGUAAAGGAGGUGCAGCCAAAGAGAAGAGCUCGAUCCCCAUUCCUACCAUCAUUGUCAAAGCACCCUCAACAAGCAGCAGUGGCCGUAGCAGCCAGGGAAGCAGCAUGGAAGCUGAGACCUCCCAGGAGGUGGUAGACCACACCUCAGCUGAUGCAACCGCAGACAUUCCCAACACCAAUCUACCAUCACCACUCACCUCCUCACCACCUCAGCCCCCGACAUCCUCUUCCUUGCCCUCUUCAACCGUCGCCCCCUCUGUUUCCUCACAGCAAAACCUGGAAAACAUGGAUUACACUUCAAUUUUUGGUACAGCCUUUGGAGGAGGAGGAGGAGCACGUAGAGAAAGAGAACGUUUUCGAGAUAUGAGAAGAAAGAGUGCUUCUUUCUUCCUAUCAUCUGAGGAGGAUAUUCAAGGAGAGGCAGGAGGAGGAGCAGGAGAUGGAGGAGGAGCACUAGCGGUAAGAAUUCAGCCUCUGCAGGGCUCACAAGUGGAUGUACCCACACCUCGACUCCGGCCCUCCAAGUCUAUAGAUGAGGGCAUGUUUUCUGGAGACAACUACGUCAACUAUUCCAGCAGCAUGCCCCCAGCCUUUGGCCUGCCUGAGUAUUCCUCCCCUAUCCUUGGUCAGGAUGGACAGCCCAAGUCUGCUCCCUCAGUGUACGGCACCCAGCCAGCUACUACUUUCAUCCAUCCGCUUACAGGAAAAGUUCUCGACCCUUCAUCACCGCUUGGCCUGGCCCUAGCUGCAAGAGAAAGAGCCUUAAAAGAUGACCGCCGGACGCGCCGAGAGGACAGACACUUUGGUCGGCAGAUGUCCACUGUGGGAGCAUUCCCCACCCCUGUUCAGACCCCAGCUCCUUCCCUAUUUGCAACCCCGACACAAUCGACCUACACUUCCCCAGUGUCACUCCACCUAAGCUCCACCACCACCUCGCCUGCAUCUCUGAGCCGGCCCCAGUCACCAAGGAUAUUACGUUUGGGAGGAGGAGGUGGGGAUAGGAUGGAAAGAGAAAAGGAAGGAGGGCCCAGAGAGGGUCUUCGAGUUCGCUUUUCAGAGGACAGAACCAAUCAAUAUUCAACCCAGUAUUACCCACAGAGUCCCAGGGAGAGAGAAAGGGAAAAGGAGUUGUACGACAGCAGACCUGCUUCAUCCAUUCAGCCUCCUCCACCUCCAGCUCAACCUGCACCCCGCAGACCUUCCUUUUUGCAGAUGGACAGCACCUCCAACACCAGCUACAUUCCUCAGUACACUGUCCCCACAGCCCCAGUACAGACAGAUCAAGCUAUGGGAGAUGUAAGAGGGGGGUCAGGUGGAGGUCUAGGACUGAUGGUUCUCCCCCCGCCAGCUCCAUCAAUAGACGCAGACGAUGAGUUUGUUUUUGCAGAUCCAUUGCCCCCUCCUUUACAGUUUGCUAAUGGUAAAAAAGAGAGAGGCCAAGAGUUUGCUCAGCGCCAUCAACACCCAAAUCAACACUCUGCUGCUGUUGCUCCACCUCCCCCACCACCUCUUCCAUCUCCGAAGCCCUCAAACGUUACCCAAUCCUCCUCACAGGGUGGUGACUCUGCUGCCUCCAGCCUUACCUCCUAUGACAGCGAGGUAGCUAACCUCACACAGUCAGCUCUCUCUCCAUCUUAUCCAUCCCCUCAGAUAUUCCCCCCUUCCUCCACUUCUACCACCACCUCUAUUGCUGCUCUGCCUCCUUCACUACACAGACCUCAGCCCAUGUCCCAUUCUCAGGCCUAUUACAGCAGCAUUAAUGACCCCUCAGUAGGUGGCCACACUCUUGCCCAGGACAGAGGUACAGCUGCCCUCACCACCACCAUGACAUAUGCUACCACAACCAUGACAGCCACUGUUGCCGCCACCACCACAACCUCACCUUCAUCCUCUGACUACAGCAUCUGCAUGGCUGGGCCCAAAGCUGGUCUCACCACAGGGGGGAAAACUCCAGACCACACUCAUCACACCACUAUUAUACCCAAGAGCGGAGACUGGCAAGAUGGUGUGGUGGAUUCUGGGAUUGAGGAGCUGGACAGUCACAGCAGCAGCGACCACCAUUUAGAAAUGCUGGGACUAAGUGGUCUGAGAGGAGAGAGGGGAGGGGUUGGAGGAGACGGACAAGGAGGAGAGAUAGAGAAAAGUAGCGAACAUCAGGAUCCUUGUACAACCUACUCAGGUGGGCAAACAUUUGAGGUGCACAGUGCCAAACUGGCAAACCCUGUGUUUCCAAAGAUGACUCAUUACAAAGAGGGAGGAGGGAGGGGCCAGUCUGUAGCACUACGCAGGCAGAACAGCACCAACCCGGCUCCACUGCAGUUGCACAGACAAAGCAACCUAGAGGACGCCAGGUUAGAUGGAGCUCUCGUAGAUGAGAGGAAGCGUAAGCAGAGUCGAUCCAAAAUGGAAGAUGGCUUUAGCACAGCUCUGGCCGCCUGCUUAGAGAGACCUAUGGAGACCCGGUCGGUGGGCUGGGUUGAGGUUGAGGAGCAUGAGCAAGGUGGAGAGGUCCAAAGAGGUGGUAUGGUCUUUGAGGGCCGCAGGCUCCACUCACCUCUUUCUGGUGUGAAGGCCAGCAUCAUCACUGAACUAAGCUCCAAGCUGCAACAGAUGAGUAGCAUGAAGAGCAUGGAUGACUGGAGCCACACUCCAAAAUCACCCACCAUGCAUAGGUAUUCAGCAGAUUAUACUGAUGCGUUUCACAGCCCCCCCACUGGCCGCUCAACCUCACCAUUACCCACCUACUCCCCACAGCACCGUCAGAUCCUGACACCUAACCUUUCGGCCACCCCUUCUAUGUCCCCUACUCCUCAAGCACCAGUUCAGCGCAACUGGACCCGAUCCCCUUCCCCACAGAUGCCUACAUCUCCAGUACAUUCCCACCCUCCCCAUUCUCCGACCUACUGCCCAUACCCAACAUCGCCGAAGCAUCGGUCCAAGUUUCGUAGACAAACUUUUGAUUUCCAGUGUAGUCCGACUAAAGAGAUGCGGUCCUCAGUCUCUCGGCGCCGUGCUCCAAGCCCUCUCAUCUAUAACACUGAACAACCAAACCCCACCCCACCUAGGCCCUCCUCGCUCCCCAUACUUCCCACUACACCAGUCUACAACAACCCUUUUGACUUUCCCGGGCCCCUCACUCCUCCUUCUCCUGGCAUCCCUCUAGGAGAUGCCUACCAGGCUUCAACGCCUCCCUUGUACUCCCCAUCUGGUGUUCCAAGCCCAAAUCCCCUACUUGUCUCCCGCUCUCUCUCCCCUACCCACUUUCUCUCUGGAGCCUCCUCCCCAAUGCAUUUGCCCCUCAGCCCAUCUUGUCUCAACUAUCCCCAUCUCACCCCUCCUCCACCAGCCAAACCCUUUGCCGUCAAACCCCUGCCCUUCUGGACCAAGUACGAUGUUGCAGACUGGCUGGCUUAUCUAAACCUGGGUGAACACAGAGAGCGUUUUAUAGACAAUGAGAUUGAUGGAUCGCAUCUGCCUUCGCUCACCAAGGACGACUUCUUGGACCUGGGAGUGACACGCGUGGGACACCGAAUGAACAUCGAGAGGGCACUGAAGAAACUCACUGACAGGUGGCUCUCCUCUCCUUUGCAUCUCACUACUUCUCCCCAAGACACAGACUGAGAGAGUGAAGGGGAGAGUCAAUGGUGACAGAAAGGGAGAGAAACAAAUUGCAAAAGAUGGACAAUAACGGAGGAUGUGCAAGACAAGAACAGUGGACAUCACCAGGUUGAAUUAAGACGGCCGGACAUGUGGGGGGGGCUGUUUCAAAUUAGCUUCACAUGUAAAGACUAUUGUUAUGAAAUUUGUGGGUUUCUGGGCAAGAAAGGGUAUGAAGAAAUGAAGAGUACACGAAAACAACACUCUCCAACUGAAAGAUACUUUAAAACUUUUGAUGGACAGGCAUUUAAUUAACACACCGUUUUGUGCUGUAAAGACACAUACGCUCACAUCCAGUGACAGAUGGAUUCUCACGCCGUCUGCAGCUCAGCAGCGCUGAGAAAACUUUGGUCUGUGUUCAAAGAAAAGUUGGAAAGUUGCAUCUUAAAGGGUGAACCCUUAUAAUAUGUUGUUUUCUGGUGAAAAGAGAAACAUUAGAGCCACAUCAUGACAUCAGUUUUGUAGCUUUAAGUAUAUGGGUGUGAGUUCCGCAGCCAAAGUCAGAGUAUGAGAUAAAGGGUUUCGUUUGUAAAUGAUGCUAGAGGAAAAUGAUAGACAAUAGUAUUCUUUUUAUAUAUUGCCAUAUUCCCCCAAAGGAUUCCCCCAGUAAGCUUUGUAUGUAUGUACUUUGCGAGCACUAAAUAUAUCUUACAUGUUAAACUGGAUUCACUAUUAGUAGAACCAUUUGUUUUGUACUAAGUGCUGAUCGCAAUCAUUCAUUUCAAACAGGUCAGGGUAUUUUAAACUGUUGAAUUGAAGGUAUGAAUAAUGAGGGCAUACAGAUGUUGAGACAAUGUUGUUAGGAAAUGAGCUGCUAUUAUUUUCCUAAUCGUUCUACAGAAAGGAGAGAAAAUAUUUGAGAGCAACUGAAACAAGUUUGCAUGUCACUUCAAGCUGCAAAUUGCUCUUUAGACUUAACAGGUGUUCACGGCCAUAGCACAGGUCAAGGGAUGGAUCCAUCCUCUCUGAUGCCAUAAUGUUGAGCGCUCUCUCUCACACAGCAGGUGAUCAAAAAGGGCUUUUUACGGCUACUCUGUCUGCCUGACUUCCUCAACCUUCAGCCCCUGUGAGUCCGUGUGUGUCUGAUUUUGUGCGUGCGUGUUCGUCGGCCUGCGUCGGUGGCUAAAUGCUUCCCCUGACCUACACCUUUCGAUUUAUAAUGCCUUUUCCAAAACAUAUUUAUAACGGUCGGAAUACAUGACUUUUCUCACCAGAUGACAAUCCCAGUGUUUCCCUGUUCCGCACAUAACCCUUCAAAAAGAAAACACUCUGACCCACUUUUAAAAAAGAUUUUCUUUUUCCAAAUUCAAUACUGUAUAUGUUUAAUACAUGAACACCCUGCAUUUUUUCUUUUACAUGCCAGUUUAGCCAUUCCUUGCAGAGAAUUCAACACAUCAUUUAUAGAUCUAUAUGUAAUGAUGAUGAUGACAAUGAUACAAAAUAUAGUAUAAUAAAGAUAAUAUUAUUAAGUAUGUAAUCCUUUUUAAGAAUCUCUGUCUUCCAGAUAGUGUGGACAAAUUCUUUAAAGCUUUGUUUGGUUUAUGUUUUAAUUUGGGGUUUUCAGUCGAUGCUUUCUCUACUGCUCUCCAGUGAAGCUGACACGUUAUUUAAUGUAUAUUCUCUCUAUGUGAGUGUCAAAAUAACGACUCUGUUCUCAUGCUGAGUUGCCUCGAUGCUUUUACACGAUGGAUGCUAUUCCAGAGAAGUGAAAGGACUGAGCAGUAGUGUAGAAAGCAUAACAUACUAGGAAUUAAAGAGUAUUUUAGGUCUAGCAAAAUGCAUUAUGAGUAUGACUUCAUGCAGUAUGAGUGUAAGUAUGCAGAGAUAAAAGGUAUAUAUAUAAAUUAUAUAUAUAAAGUUUUGUUUUAACUAAAACAGUAUAAAAGUUGA